AUGGGGAAGAAAAAGGGCAGCAGGCGUGACGAAGACGACCCCUUCGCGGAUUUAGGCGAGGAUGUCUCGCAAAACAAUGAAAAAGCUGCUCAAGAAUCAGAAAUCCCAGCCGAAAAGGAGGAAGAGCCAGCUGUAGAGCCACAGACUGGCGCUCCUAAUGAUCAUCAGGAUCCCAGCAAAGAGGCUGAGGCACCCGUCGAAGUGCCCAGGAUCCUGACAAAGAAGGAAAAAGAGCGGCUCAAAAAGGAGCGCGAAAAGGAAAAGAAAAAGGCACAGGCUGCACAGAAGAAGGCUGUUCAACAAAAGCAGGCACCGGCCGAGCAGGAAGACACAAAAGAAGCCACGGCGACAGAGGAAUCAAAUAUGCCCGCCACGGAAGAGCAGGAUGAGGAGGAGGAAGGUGAUGGUGCUGAAGCUCCGACUUCCGCUGCUGAUAAGAAAAAGAAGAAGAAGAAGAAGAAAGCUGCGGAGCCUGCACCUGCGCCACGUAAAGCGCCCAAUGCGGCUAUUGCUGCUUUACAGGCUCGUCUUGCUGCACAGAAAAAGGCGGAAGAAGAAGAGCGCGCCAGAGAGGAAGAGCGACUUCGUCUUAUAGAAGAAGAAGAACGCAAGGAGCGCGAGGAGGAAGAACGGAAAGAAGCCGAGCGUAUUCGGCGCAAGGAGAAAGAGAAAGCGAAGCGUGAGCAACUGCGUAAAGAAGGCAAGCUCUUGACGCCCAAGCAAAAGGCUGAACUCAAGAUCGCUGAGGCGCGCAAGGCUGCCCUUCUUGCUAGCGGAAACAUUUCGAUCGCUGCGAAGCAAGGCACUGACUCUGAAAAGCCUCGUCGACCAACGCAUGACAAGAAGAAGAAACCUCAAAAGAAAGAGCCUGAGCCCGAGACCGCCAAAGAACCCGCCGUGGAACCCGCAGAAGAAGCAGCAAAGGAAGCAGAGGUGGAUAAGGUUCAGCCCGAGUCAAAUGAUGACGACGCCGUCAAGGACGACUGGGAUGCGGAAUCAGAUAACGUUAAGGAUGAUUGGGAGGAGGAGAGUGAAGAAGAGCCAGAGCCCUCAAAAGAGCCAGCCAAUGAGCCCGCCGAGCAGCCUUCGAAGGAACCUGCGAAAGAGCCGGUCGGGAAAGCCCCUACGAAGACGGCUUCUGAGGCCCAUGAAAGCAGUGACAGCGAUGAAGAUGGCAGUGAUGACGACGAGGACAUGUCGACGGCACAGCGUAUGGCACUGGACCGUCGUCAUACUGCCGAACAGCGCCGUAAGGAGCGCACAGAAAAGGCCUUGGCUGAACGCAGUGCGGACAAUCUUCGCAGUCCUAUCUGCUGUAUUUUAGGUCACGUCGACACAGGCAAAACCAAACUGCUGGACAAGGUGCGCCAAACGAGUGUACAGGAGGGCGAAGCUGGCGGUAUUACGCAGCAGAUCGGUGCUACCUACUUCCCUGUGGAAGCGCUGCGUGAAAAGACCAUGGUGCUGAACAAGGGCAACUUUGACUUCAAAGUACCAGGUCUGUUAAUCAUUGAUACGCCAGGACACGAGUCGUUCACGAAUUUGCGUUCGCGUGGUAGCUCUCUGUGUAAUAUUGCGAUUCUUGUCGUGGAUAUUAUGCACGGUCUCGAGGCGCAGACGCUAGAGAGUAUCCGUCUGCUCCGUGACCGCAAGACUCCCUUCAUCGUCGCCCUGAAUAAGGUCGAUCGUUUGUAUGACUGGAAGCCGACGCCCAACAAUGCAUUCCAGGACUCGCUGGCCCAACAGCCAGUGCACACACAAAAAGAGUUUGAGGAGCGUGCUUCCAAGGUCAUGCUGGCAUUUGCUGAGCAGGGCCUGAAUGCUGAAUUGUACUACAAGAACAAGAGCAUGGGUCGUUACGUCUCGCUCGUGCCGACGUCGGCCCUGUCGGGUGAGGGUGUACCUGACAUGCUGCAACUGCUCGUCUCGCUCACACAGACACGUAUGAGCCAGAGUCUUAUGUACCUUUCGGAACUCGAGUGUACCGUGCUCGAAGUCAAGGUUGUUGAAGGUCUUGGUACGACAAUCGAUGUGGUCCUAUCGAAUGGUGUGCUCCGUGAGAGCGAUAAAAUUGUUGUAUGUGGUCUAAAUGGCCCGAUUGUAACACAAGUGCGCGCCCUACUCACGCCGCAACCACUCAAAGAACUGCGUGUGCGUAGUUCGUACGUGCAUCACAAGGAGGUGAGGGCCUCGUUGGGUGUCAAGAUUGCUGCGCCCGAUCUUGACAAAGCUGUGGCUGGCUCGCGUCUACUCGUGUGUACCAAUGAUGAUGAAGAGGAAUUGCUUCGUGAAGAGGUGAUGAGCGAUCUUACAACGCUGCUUAAUUCGGUUGACAAGAGCGGGAAGGGUGUGUGUGUGCAGGCAUCGACACUGGGCUCGCUCGAGGCGUUGCUAGAAUUCCUGCGCGUGAGUAAGAUUCCUGUGAGUGGUAUCAAUAUAGGCCCCGUUUACAAGCGCGAUGUAAUGCGGUGUGCCACGAUGCUCGAAAAGGCGCGCGAAUUGGCCUGUAUUUUGUGUUUCGAUGUGUCGGUGGACAAGGAAGCAGAACGAUUAGCUGAAGAGCUCGGCGUCAAGCUGUUCACGGCCGAUAUUAUUUACCACCUAUUUGACCGCUUUAUGGCAUACAGAGCGGAAAUUAUGGAGAACAAGAAGCGUGAUGCUGCUGGCACGGCUGUGUGGCCAUGUCGUCUGCGCACGAUUGCUGCAUUCGCCAAGCGUGAUCCUAUUAUUCUUGGCUGCGACAUUAUCGACGGCUCGUUGCGUAUCGGCACGCCGUUGUGUGUGGUCAAGGUUGAUUCAGCAACGCGCAAAAAAGAGGUCAUUCCGAUUGGACGCGUCACAUCUCUCGAAAUCAAUCAUAAGAGUCGUGAUGUCGUGCUGAAGAAGGACGUGGGUGCCGGUGUGGCCGUGCGUAUUGAGCCCAACCUGAAUGAUGCGCCCAAAAUGUUUGGCCGCCAUCUCGACGAAAGCGACGAGAUCUACUCCCAAAUUAGUCGUGCCUCUAUCGAUGCACUCAAGGACCACUUCUGGGAAGGCGUGACCAUCGAAGAGAAGCGGCUCAUCAAGCACCUCAAAGGCCUGCUUGACAUUCCGUAG